CAAGAUGGCGUAAGAAGAAGAGAGAACAUUGGAGUAUCUGGCAUCUUCCAAGAUCGUCCAACAUGGGAUAUAAACAGUCGCAGGAUCUUUGCUCGGUACAGAAUACAUCUACUACCCUUCAGUGUAGCAUCAAAACUACAGUGACCCAAGCCAAAAUGAAAUUCCUAAUUGUAGCCUCCCUCUGCGUUGCUGUGGCUCUUAGUCAGAACGUGGUUCAGCCAAAACCAAAUGUCCGAAAUUUGCCUGCUGAAGUCCGCCCAGAGGCUCAAGGUCAAUGCUACGGAUUCACAGCCAAAAAGGCCUUCGCCGUUGGCCAGUCUUGGUCCUUGGCUCCAUUCUGUGGAAGAGCCACCUGCAUUCAACAUGAAGGUAAACUCUUCGAAAAGGUGGAAGACUGUGGCUUUGAGCCCAAGCCAUCUCCCGGCUGCAGAGUCAAGAACGAAGCCGACCAAGCUAAGCCAUACCCAGCCUGCUGCCCCGUGUACGAGUGCCAGCCAGGUGCCACACUCCGGUACCCAACUCCAGAAGAACUGAGGGCUGCCGCACAGCAGGCUGCCAAGGCUGCACAAGGCGCCCAGGGAUAAGAGGUCUCUCAGAAUCGAUCUAGUCCAGUUACCCACCAAAAAAUCCAACGAAAUCAUUUAUCAAUUACUGUAUAACUUGACAAGAAUUCAAGGAGUUAUGAAUGAAUGAAGUGCCAGUAAGCAUAUCAUGAAAAUGAAUGGAAAGAAAAAUUACCUUCGAAAGAUCGUAGGCAUUUACGAUUACUAAACAGAGAAUUUAUAUUUGUAUUAAUAAAGAAAAUAAAAGAUAAUACUCAAA